ACGACUUUUCCUCCCUCUCUCUCUCUCUCGAAUGGCAACGAAUCAGAACAAAAUAGCUCAUUUGUUCCUCAAAUCUCAGUGCUUUCAUUCUUUUGCUAUAAAACGAGUACAGUAAAUAAUAAAAAUACGAAAUGGGAAAGAAAUCUGCAUCGUCUUUAUCCUCAUCGUCGUCGCCGCCUUCGUGGUGGUGGUGGAGAUAUCGAUCGGCACUCGUCAUAAUCUCAUUCGUGGCUCUCACAUGGCUGCUCGUCGACCACCAAUCCCUCACCUUGGAGGACCAGGUAGUGGUGUCCAGGUUGAAUAAGGAGCUGAAAAUAUUGAAGAAUCAGUUAGAAAAUGUGAAGAAGCAUAUAAGAGGCUGGAGCAUUGUUGAAGAGGAUAUGGAUGAUCCUCUCAAUGUAGAACGAAGAAAUGCGGUUAAGGAUGCUAUGGUUCAUGCCUGGACUUGCUACGAGAAGUAUGCGUGGGGUCGUGAUGAACUCCAGCCACAGACGAAAGACGCUGCUGACACUUUCGGUGGUCUAGGAGCAACUCUAGUGGAUUCUCUUGAUACAUUGUAUAUAAUGGGUCUUGACCAGCAAUUCCAAAGAGCUAGAGAGUGGGUUGCAACCUCAUUGAAUUUCAACAAGAAUUACGAGGCUAGUGUUUUUGAGACAACCAUAAGAGUUAUAGGCGGACUUCUUAGCGCAUAUGAUCUGUCAGAUGACAAACUCUUCCUUGACAAGGCUAGAGAUAUUGCAGAUAGGUUGCUGCCUGCAUGGAAUACACCUUCCGGAAUCCCAUACAACAUGAUCAACUUGAUGUAUGGUAAUGCCCAUAACCCUAGGUGGGCAGGGGGAAAAAGUAUUCUUGCAGAUGCUGCUUCAGAACAGCUUGAAUUUAUUGCUCUAUCUCAACGGACGAAAGACCCCAAGUACCAGCAGAAGGUCGAAUAUGUCAUCAAAGAGUUUCAUAAAAUCUUCCCUGCUGAUGGAUUGCUUCCCAUAUAUCUUGAUCCUCACACUGGAACAAUGUCAUACUCAAAAGUUACAUUCGGUGCCUUGGGUGAUAGUUUUUAUGAAUAUCUACUCAAGGCUUGGAUACAAGGAAACAAAACAGAAGCUGUAAAACAUUACAGAGAAAUGUGGGAGACAUCAAUGAAAGGUUUGAAAAGCUUGAUUCGGAGGACAACACCAUCCUCGUUUGCAUAUAUAUGUGAAAAGCUUGGAAGCUCACUAACUGACAAGAUGGAUGAAUUAGCUUGCUUUGCUCCUGGCAUGCUGGCUUUAGGAUCUUCUGGCUAUGACCCCGGCGAAGCUGAAAAGAUUUUAUCCCUUGCUGAAGAGCUUGCAUGGACAUGUUACAAUUUCUAUCAGACAACGCCUACAAAAUUGGCUGGGGAGAACUAUAACUUUCCUGCUGGACAGGACAUGACCGUGGGAACAUCAUGGAACAUUUUAAGGCCUGAAACUGUUGAGUCACUUUUCUACCUAUGGCGGUUAACUGGGAACAAAACUUACCAAGAAUGGGGUUGGAACAUUUUCCAAGCAUUUGAAAAUAACUCUCGUACAGAUACAGGAUAUAGUGGACUUAAAGAUGUAAGUAAAGGUGAUAAAGACAAUAUGAUGCAGAGCUUCUUCCUUGCAGAAACACUGAAGUAUCUCUACCUCCUCUUUUCACCUCCGUCAUUCAUCUCUUUGGACGAAUGGGUGUUUAACACAGAAGCGCACCCACUAAGGAUUGUGACUCAAACCCAGUAAUGGUGGGAUUUGUAGUACAACUGGACAAGACAGAUUCCCAGAAAGGUUCCAGUGUGGGAAAGGUCAUUUAGGAUCAAAUUAGUUCCAAUAUUGAUUAACCGCAAGCCUCACAUUUUGACAUUCUGUAUGAUCCAUGCCAUUACUCAACUUGAGGAUUACUUCCUUGAACUAGAUAUUGAAGACAGUUCAUUUAUGUGCCGGUGAUGAUUAACCGCCGCAAGCCUCACAUUUUGACAUUCUGUAAGACCCAGGCCAUUACUCAACUUGAGGAUUACUUCCUUGAACUAGAUAUUGAAGACAGUUCAUUUAUGUGCCGGUGAUGGUGAAUGGCUGUGCUGAAAACUGAUUGCACCCUUUCAAUUACCACUUGGUAUGUAACAAUAGAUUGUAGAAUAUUAGAACGAAUUAGGAUUCUCUUUGUAGCUGGUGUUUCUGGUUCUGCUGUUGUGUUUAUGGCCAAAACAAAUAUUGUUUCAGCCCUUCAAUUUUCUCUUCGUCUUUUUUCCUUUUAAUGUUCUCUUAAAUGUAAAUCCUAAACCGCAUAAACCUUGAAUCUUUCACCCUAUCAUGAUUGAUCGUCUUGACUAUCAACACAAUUUUAUUGCUUCAUGACAGACAAUACAAGUACAGGAUCUUAUUUUUAUUAUA